AUGGAACUUGCGGCGCCGGAAGCGGCUAGGGAGAGUCCCGAUGGGGUGAAGCUGCUGGGGAACCGGACAUCAAAAUUCCCGGGAGCCCUCAAGUCGCCCCUCGAUUGCGAGGCUGAGCUGCAGGAGUGCCCUCUCCUGGCGCGGCCGGAGCAACCAGCCGCCGGGGUAAAGUUGCUGCACCAGCAGUACCUAUAUAGAUCAGGCUCCGGCCCUGAGGAAGAAGCCUUUGCCAAUGAUCCUAUAGUCCCCAAAGCUUUCAGGUGCCGCAAUUGUGGGCUGACUGUAGCCAGCCUCUCUGACCUCAUUCACCAUCAAAGCAGCCAUGGGUGUGACCGGCCUUACAGCUGUCCCGAGUGUGACAAAAGCUUCCGGCGUGGCUCAGAUCUGGUUAAGCACUACAGGGUGCACACUGGUGAAAAACCUUACCCUUGCCCAGAAUGUGGCCGUUGCUUCAGUCUCAGCUCUAACCUCACUAAACACCGGCGUUCUCACUCAGGUCUCCGGCCUCAUAAGUGCAUGGAGUGUGGAGAGGCCUUUGGCCGCAGUGCAGACCUCGCAAAACACCGGAGGGUGCACACAGGGGAGAAGCCCUAUGCUUGUGCUGAGUGUGGUAAGACUUUCAGGGUGAGCUCCAACCUGAUUCAGCACCAGCGUACUCACACUGGUGAGAAACCCUACCGCUGUGGACUCUGUGGCAAGAGUUUCAGCCUGAGCUCUAACCUUUUACAGCACCAACGCUGUCACACAGGGGAGAGACCCUACUUCUGUGCCUGGUGUGGAGACAGCUUUGGGCGCAGUUCCUACCUGCUGGAACACCAGCGUUCACACACAGGUGAGAAGCCCUACAAUUGCUGUGAGUGUGGCAAGAACUUCACCAACAGCUCCAACUGCCUAAGGCACCAGCGCACUCACUAUGGAGAACCGCCUUUCAGGUGUCUUGAAUGUGGACGUGGCUUUAGCGAGAGCACCAUGUUCAUUGAACACCAGCGCAUUCACUUGAGCCAAUGACUGACCUUUCCAGAAUGUGGCAAAAUCUUACACCACAGCUUCAUUAAUGAUAACACAUGGGCAAAAAGUCCUAGAAGUUUCCUGGUUGCAGCUAGUAUUUUGUGGACAAUACCAGCAUAUCCACGCAAACCAAAGACCUUACAUUUGCAGCAAGUGUGCCACUUGCUCUUCUGCUAGGUGGCCCACAGUCACAAGAAGACUUCCAUCUGCUUGUAAUGUGGCAAGGCCUUUGCCCAUAACUCCCAACCUUGUCCAGCACCAAUGGAUUACCAAGAGGGGAGCUUCUGCAGACAUCCCUGGCUUCAAUUUUAAUCCAGAUUUUGUUUCUGGGUUUGGUCCAGCCCUGAGAAGCCUGUAGGAACCAGGGUUUUUAAGCAGACCCCUUUUCUGAAUCCCUUAGACGGUUUAAUUAAGGGCCAAUAAUAGGAUUCACAAUUGCCACCUGGAUUGAGACAGGAACCCCAGGCUAGAGCAUAGCACUAGAGCUGUGGCUACUACCUUCAAAGAGACAAGAUCUUAGGGGGAAUAAAAGGUCCUGCUGUUCCAUGAAAUUAUUCAGAGUAAUGUCCAUUAGCUAGAGGGAAGUUUUUAGAUGUCCAGAGCCAAUAACCCUGACCUGGCUGCUUUGAGAUAGAUUAACCAUAACAAGUGGUGGCACACACCUUUAAUCCCAGCACUCGGGAGGCAGAGGCAGGUGGAUCUCUGAGUUCAAG